AUGAAGUUCCUCCAAGGCAAUUCGACUACCUCAGUUCGAUCAGCCUCUCAAUUCUUCAUAGACCUCCGAGGUCAGAGAAUUCAAUCGGACGAAAUCAUGGUCUUCUUUGAUGUGACGUCGUCAUUUACAUCCAUCCCACCAAACGUGGCCCGCGAAGUCUUGCGCAAGAGACUUGAAGAGGCGUACGAUGAGACUCAGAAUGCCCUCAAAAUUGAACACCUCAUGAGGCUGUCUGAAUUCUGUCAGCAGACCUUUACUUUUGCGGGAGAGGCCUAUGAACAAAUCAAGGGAACCCGAAUGCGCUCACCGAUCCCCGGUUUCGUGGCAGAACUGGUUCUACAGGAGUUAGAAAAGAUUGCCUUCCUCCAACAUGAACAAGUGUUUUGGCGCCGUAACGUUGAGGACACGUUCGUCAUCGUAAAGAAGGACAUGCUGUAUCAUUUCCACAACCUGCUCAACUCAGUCUUCCCUGAUAUAACAUUCACGAGGGAAGAAGAACAGGAACAGCAGUUGCCCUUCCUGGAUGUGCUCGUCAGACGAAAACUUAACGGUGAACUUGGAACGACAGUUUAUAGGAAGGCAACGAACACCACACAGCUUCUCAGUUUUCACAGCAACCAUCCGUUGGCUCACAUACGAAGCUGGGCGAAGACGCUCUUCAAACGGAUCCAAAAUCAUUGA